AUGGGAAGGGGCAGCCGUCAAAGGGAGUCUGUGCGGAGCGGCCGCGGUGCGGGGGGAGGAAGCGAGGCGGGCCAUUUUCGGUCGAUCACCAGCAGCGCCCGGCAGUCAGUCGCACCUGGAGCGAAGCGAACCACCGUUUCUGGUCUUCUGUUCAAGGCGGAGCCUGCGCCAGGCAGCGAUCUCCACGACAUGGAGGCGACUCAGAGGCGGCUGCGUCGAGCGCACCGCCGCACGCUGAUGCCGACGUGGCUGCUGACGGGCGUGAGUCUGGCUUACGUACUCUUCGAGGGCGGUCGGAUGCUGUAUGAGACGACGAUCCAGCAGUGGUCUGAAGAGGCGAUUUUGCAUGUGGACAAGGAGAUUUUUGUGCUGCACGACUUCGCGGCGGGAUUCUACUCGCUGACCGAGCAGCUGACUGCGGACUAUUGUUUUCUGAACUUCAUGAACGCGGCCGCGCCGCCCGCCGCGCCGACUGUGACCAGAGAGCAGAUCCAAGCGCUAAUCCGCGCGUAUGCGCCGUCCCUCUGCUCGUGGCACAAAGACCUCUAUUUCUUCCAAGAGCCGGUCGCGGCGCUCCAAGACGCCUCCACUUUGCAGCUGCUUAACACCACCUUCGUCUGCGGCGAGCGCUUUGCAGACCUGGUUCGCCGAAUCAACGCGCAGAUGGUUGACCGCAUCCACAACUACACACUGGGGAAGCUGAAAGCCAUCGAAAUGCUGACUCCCCUCGCCGACAACUCGCGCUGGACGCCCCACCUCCUCUGCGACCUCGACUUCUCCUCCGAGGACCUGUGGACAUGCCACAGAGAGCUCGUCUCCCUCGAGCUGCUCCGCGCCCAGCUCUCCGGAUAUCUGCGUCGAGAAUGGCAUUUGUACUCCCCCAUCCUCAGCAUCGUCAUCGUGUUUAUCUUGGCGACGCUCUUCUGGGCUCGACGACCCGUCUUCAAAGCGAUUUUCCACUCGCGCUUCGAAAGUCUAUGGGGCAUGCUGCAGCAAAUCGACCAGGUGCUUCAGCGCAGACUGGAGAACAUGGUUGUCGUCAUGCAGUCGGUCAUCGACGACAGGAUGAUUGGGCGACUGAAGGUCAUCAGCGGCAUUCAAAGUCUUCUCCUCGCCUCCGAGUCUCCAGCGGUGAUGCGGCAGUUUUUCCGCGUGAUGGAGUCUUGCACUUUCGCGUUGCUCGACGGCCUCAACCUCGCCUCGCAGUACGUCCAGCUCGAGAUGCAGUCCUCCACAGAAGGCCGCGAGAUGACCAACCUCCGCCUCCUGCUCGACGGCUGCAUUCAGGUCUACAAAAACGAGACGCAGGCCAAGGGCAUUGUCGUGAGCUGUCAUUACGCGCCGACUGCGCCGACUGCCAUUGCAGUCGACAAGCUCCGCCUGCGCACAGUUAUGCUGCAAGUUCUUCGCUUCGCCCUGCUGGAGGUCCAAGUCUCCGAGGCUGAAGUGCGCCUCGCCGCGAAGAAAGUCUUUCUCGGCAAAGCGCCGCAGGCGACUGAGACGGAGAAGCGGAACGACCUGAAGAACUUUGACCUGCAGGUCAGCAUCAAAUGCAUCCUGGUAUCGCCCCUGGCCUUCGCAGCGACCGAGCUGUUGGACUCGUCUUCUCUGCGUCUGCGAAAAGGCAGCGGCAUCGGGCUGAUUUACGCCAGAAAGGUGCUGCGCGAGUUGAACGGCGACAUCACCAUAACGGCGACAGAUACCGAAGCCACGUUCGAUAUCUUCUUCCAAGCUAUGGGGCGCUUCCACGUGAAGGACUUUCAUCUGGCGUUUGGCGCAGUGAAAAACGCAGUCGCGCUGGUCAUGAACGUGCAGCACGUGGCAGGGUUUUCGCAGCUGGCGGCGGUCGCGGAGUUGGUGGGCGUUAAGCUUAUUCCCGUCGCCUCCGUCGCGGAGGCCGCAGAGCAAAUGCUCUCCAACCGGGGCAACCGCAUUGUCGCGGUCUUCUUCCAAGAUCCCUCGGGACAGGCUCGCGCGCAGCUCAGCGCCGCGGUGCCGCAGGCUGCCAGCAGCGCGCGCCGGAUUCCGCUCAUCGAGAUCCUCCCUCGGGGGGGAGACGCCGAGACACAGCGGCAACUCGAGGAGGCCUUCCGGCUCCACCAGGCCGGCGACACGCCGAGAGACGCGCCCGAAGCCUCAAACCGCGGUCGUAGGGGCUCAGCGGCCCAGGGGCGGUCGCUCCUCAGAGACAGCCGUGUCUUUCAGCGCGCCAAAAUCGUGCCGAUCGAAGAGCCGCUGAUGAGCUCCGACUGCGUCACCGCUAUGGCGAUCGGCGCAACCUCCUUCGUGGCCUCGCAGGCGAACUCGCGCGACCUGCUGCGCAGCCUCUCCUACGGGCGCCGCUCCUUCUGGAACACGCUCGUCACCACGUUCUCCGCGAGCGCCCAGCGCACAGGGAUGUCGAAUCACUCGAACAGUGUGAGUUCGCUGGCCAGCCACGACCUGGAGCGGAUCUACGAGCCACAGGUGCUGCGCUUCCACGACCCUGUCGCCUACCGCCUCUUUCGCACAAUGUCACACACGCCGAUUCAAAACAAGUACUACGCGUACUUUGUCAUCGACCGAAUCAACGAAGUCGGCUUCGCGACGAACGUCAUUGACCUCUACAAGAACAUGGUCUUAGAUCCGCGCGUCGCUCAGCUGCCAGAGGAGAAAAACAUGAGUUUCUACGAACUCACGCAGACUCGCGCGUACCUUUUGGAAACGGCUCAAGCCAACGAAUGUCUCGACGCGGACUACAAUGAAAACUACCUGAGCAAGGUGCUCGGAGCGGAGAUCGCGCCGCUGGACACCGUGGCUCUAGUCAAGAAGGUCUACGAAGACUUCGAGGUGCAGCCAGAAGUGAACGUCUCCGACGACGACGACGACGCCGACCAGCCAGAAGAUGAAACGCUCGACACGGCUGAGGAGUUUAAGUGGGGUUCGAUCCCUGAGUACACCGUCCCGAGCUGCAUCACGGCGAGCGUCGCACGAAUGGAUACCGUGCUCUGCCUGGAGCCCAGUCUCGCGAGCGAGGCGCGGCUCAACAAGUACAAAGAAAACGCGCCGGCGAUCGCCGUCGAGUUCAUCUUCAGCUGGGACUUUGACAUCUCGAGUCUGCAGCAAGACAUGGCUGCCAAACUGGCUUACGAGUUGCUGGUCUGGUGCGCGGACAAGGCUCAGAUCCGCCUGCCGGCGGAGACGUGUCAAAAGUUCGUUUUGUCGGUGCAGCAGAACUACUUCGCCCUGCCCUUCCAUAACUUCAACCACGCGCUGCAUGCCGCUCAGGCGGUGAUUUUGAUUGCGAAGGAUUUAUCUUUCCAGCAGUGGUUUUCCUACGAAGACAAAUUCAUCAUCAUGCUGGCAGCGCUGGGGCACGACAUCGGGCACCCUGGCGUCACAAACGAAUUUCUCAUCAGCAUGCGUUCCUUCACGAGUAUUCUGUUCAACGAGACGGCGGUGUUGGAGAAUUACCACACGCUGCUCUACCUCGACUUGCUCAAGAAUCCCGAGUUGGACAUCCUCAAGUCGCUGCCCCCCGAGGCGCUUCAGCGCGCCCGCCAGCGCAUCAUCGCCGCGAUCCUCGCGACAGACAAGGCACUCGACAUGAAAUUAAUCGACCUCCUCAACGACUUGAAAAACAAAAACGAACAAGUCCCCGUCCCCGCCGCACUCCUCGACGCCAACAUCCGCGACGCCUGCCUCAUCCACGCCGCCGAUCACGCGCUAGCUCUGCUCAACUUCCCGCUGCACCGCCGGUGGUCAGAAAAGCUGGCCGUUGAGAUGCACUUCCAGAAUACCAUGGACGAGGCCCUAAAGCUGCCAAAGAGCUACUCCAGCCUCAGCAGGCUGUCGGAAGCCACGCUAGCGGGGUCUCAGGUGCUGCUGAUAGACGCGCACUACUUGCCCUUCUUCAGCACGCUCGCCUGGUAUUUCCCUGGCGAUCUCGACAUGCGAGUCGCCGUCAUGAAAGCCAACGCUGCCUUUUGGCACCACGUUCGCGACGAAGAAAUGCGGAAGACUGUGGCUCUGAACGACAACCCCGAGCAGGAGGACUGGCGCAGCGCCAAGCUGCAGGUGAUCACAAGCAAGAUGGCGGAAAGCCGAGACAAGCUGCACCAGAAGGCAACAGAACUCAUGCGGGCGGAGCCGAAAGACGUCUUUUUCGAUCCGCAUCCCAUGGUCGCGAGCGACUGCGAGAGUGACGGAGACGGCGACGGCGCCACUCUCCGCGCCUCGAUGAGGCGAGAGGAAUCCGGAGCUAGCGCAUCCAUCACCGCGAGGCGGCGGCGCUCUGACGAAUUUGGCGAGGCCCGAGGCAGUGCAGCGGAAGGUUUGAGAGCGGACGUGGAGUCUGGGGAAGCCUCUCUACACUCGCAGACAGAGAAGGAGGGACCGCGGCCUGUGUGCAUCUCCAACAGCGGCCGCGGCAGUAGCAGCGCCUUCUCGCCUCCUUCGAGUCGAACGAGCCUGCGCGCGCACUUCGCAGACAAGGCGCCCGAGGAUGCUGCGGUGGCAGAAAAAGAGGGGGAACUGCAAAAUGCCGCCGUGAGCUCGGAUCCGCCUCACGCAUCCGCGGCACACUCGACCACGGAGGACGGGCAGCAAUUCAGGCACGACGCACAAGUCCUUCCUGGAGAGGAGGAAACAGAGCAAGUCGCGGAUGAGGCGUUCGGCGCAAUUCAGCACGCCCCACAGAAGCACGGGCGCCAGACGCCCGCACAGACGCCCGAAAACGCCGAUCAAGCGCGGGCUCACGCGGCUCUGCCGGCUCCUCCUCCCGCAGAAAACGGGGAUUCAGAGGGGCGAAGAGGCGUCGCCACAGAAACAACUCCAGCCGAGGCCUGCGAGUCCUCCUUGGAUCGCCUCGCAGGGGAGGAUUCUGACCGGUCUGCCGCGCCACCGGGAGCCCCUACACUGCCGCCUGAGGCCUCGAGCAGUAGGUUGACAUCGCAGGGAGUCGCUCCGCCCUCCGCCGGAGAGCACACAGGCGACAAGGCAGACAGUGAGCCGGCGUUUUUUUUCGACGAGGCGUCUGGCCUCUUCUUUGACCGGCAGGGAUUUGCCUACGACCCGCAGGGCAAUCUCAGGGGCUACCUGGACAGCAGCGGCGCCUUCCAAGCCUACACCAAAAGCGAACUGCAGUACUACGCGGAUGCCAUGAGCCAAAUGCAAGAAGCGAUCCCAGGUGUCUAUACUGUGGCAGGCGAGCUGGUGACGCAGUCGCUUGCCUCGCAGACCAACGGAGCGAGGGCCGACUUCAACCCCGAGUCUCAAAAAUAA